UUCUCACUACACUAGCUUCUUAGAGUUAUUUUUUUUGUGGAGAGAGAAAGUGUGGUUAUUAUUAUGGCUUUCUCCUCCUCCACCCUUAAUUCUCUAGUAGUACUCCUACUAUGGCUUACUACUACCGCCCAUGUAGCGGUCGUAGCGUCUCCUCCGCCGUCGGAAUGGCGGCUGACCAAGGAUGUGGCGGCUCGGCAGGAGGCGGACCGUGUGGUGGCGCUGCCGGGGCAGCCGAUUGUGGGGUUUAAGCAUUAUGCUGGUUAUGUAAAUGUCAAUGUUAGCCAUGGAAGAGAACUGUUUUAUUGGUUCUUUGAAGCUGUUGACACACCUCACCAAAAACCUGUGGUUCUUUGGCUUAAUGGAGGUCCUGGAUGUUCUUCAAUUGGUUAUGGGGAAGCUGAAGAAUUAGGCCCCUUCUUCCCUAAGAAGGGAAGCAAACCUUCUUUAAACCUCAACAAAUUUUCAUGGAACAAAGCUUCCAAUCUGUUGUUUUUGGAGUCCCCUGUUGGUGUUGGUUUUUCUUACACCAAUACUAGCAGUGACAUGGAAGAACUUGGUGACACUUUUACAGCAAGAGAUUCAUAUACAUUCCUUAUCAACUGGUUUAAUAGAUUUCCGCAGUUCAAAUCCCAUGAAUUCUACAUUGCUGGUGAAAGUUAUGCAGGCCAUUAUGUUCCACAGCUUGCUGAGUACAUUUUUGACAGUAACAAAAUUGCUAGCAAGGAGAAUUUCAUCAAUCUGAAAGGUUUCAUGAUUGGAAAUGCAUUGAUGGAUGAUGAAACAGAUCAAACAGGAAUGAUCGACUAUGCGUGGGAUCAUGCUGUUAUAUCAGAUAAAGUGUUCAGAGAUGUAAAAACAACAUGCAACUUCAAAAGUCAGAACUUAACUGAGGAUUGCAGGAAUGCAAUGGACGAGUACUUUGCAGUAUAUGACCUGAUAGAUAUGUACAGCUUGUACACACCUAAUUGCGCUAUGAAUUUUACCAGUACUACUGCUAUCAACAGGCAACUUCCUGCUAUCAAAGGCACUGCACCUCACCUCUUCUCCAAAUUUGAUAAAUGGCAUAAGCGCCCUGCAGGGUACGAUGCUUGUUUGGAUCAUUACACAAACGUAUAUCUAAAUAUGCCGGAUGUUCAGGCAGCGCUUCAUGCCAACACCACGAAAAUUUCUUAUCCAUGGGGUCACUGCAAUAACAACAUCACAUUUUGGGCUGAUGCACCUGCGUCUAUGCUUCCUGUGAUAAAGAAGCUUGUUGAUGGUGGGCUUCGAGUAUGGGUUUUCAGUGGAGAUACCGAUGGGAGAAUUCCAGUGAGUGCGACAAGGCUAACACUCAGAAAGCUUGGGUUGAAGAUUGUUCAAGAUUGGAAACCCUGGUAUAUGAAGGAUCAGGUUGGUGGAUGGACCAUUGCAUAUGAUGGGCUGAUGUUUGUCACAGUUCGCGGUGCAGGACAUCAAGUCCCAACAUUCAAGCCAAAGGAAGCCCUUCUGAUGCUCAGGCGUUUCCUUGGCAACAAACCAAUGCCCUCUAAAGCCUUCUGAUGCCGCGAAAUAGUGCAAUUUUCCUGCUUUCCAUUCAUGCAUAAAUCAAGAAUAAGGAGUCCGUACAGUUAAAAUUUUGGCAGUCAAGACUCAAGAGAGUUCAUCAGUGAUAUUUGUUUAGGUUGAAGAAAAUUUUUAUAGGAUGGUCUAAUUGCUAAUUGUAAAGCAUUUUUUCACACAAAACCAAAAAACAGAAGAUAAUUAAUUGGAUGAGUAGUAGUUUAUGGAAAGAAAUUUGAUCAUUCAAUAAAUGAAAUAUGGGCUUGAAAAUCAGAUGUAAAUGUGUGGGUCUGUAUUUCUUUGAAUUGUUGCUUCUCUAAUGCCAAAACCCCUUGAAAUUUAUUA